UCCUUUUGUUUACAAUAAUUGCGUCAGGACGCACAGUUUGAACUGCGGAAGCGCGCUGCUGUUUGCAGCAAGGUUGUAUGGAGUUGGUUGGCAAGCUAGCUUAACUCACGAGAGGCCGUGCCAAGAAGCCGGAGUUAGCGUCGUAUUUAAGGGCUGUAAAGAAGAUGAAGCCGCAGGAGCAGGUAGAGUGGGAUGACGUGAAUAAACUGCUGCAGCAUCACGGCUUUAAGCCUGUGUUCUUUGCGGAUCCUGUGGAGAAUAGGAAUCUCACAGAUUUGGUCCUGCUGGACAAGAAGUCAGCGAAUGAGUUGAGGAUGACUCUGAGGAUGAUGCUGAUGGACUCUGAGAGGAGACAGACGCUCAUCCAGGAGCUCGUCAAGUCUAACAACCAGCUCAAAGAGGAGGUACAGAAGCACAUGAGUCAUGCAGCUCAGCAGUCCCAAAGAGCCACUGAGCUGCAGGGGCUGCUGGAUGAGGUGAAGAGCAGAGUUCAGCACCUGGAGGAACGCUGCCUGGGGAAGGCGGUCCAGCAGCACAGCCACACCCAGCAGCUGCAGAAGGAAAACAAAGAGGCUAAGAGGAGGUAUCUGUUGCUGGAAAAGAAGGUAGCCAAUCUGGAGGAAGAAACAGCACAGCUCAGGAAGAAACUGUAUUUGACUGUCAAAGAAGAGCAACAGCGACUGACUCAACAGAGUCGAUUACAGGAGUCCAAACAUUUGGAUCAAGCUACAAAGAGGACCUCUGUCUCCCCGUCUUUCAAAACCAUCCUCAAGACAUAUCAGGACCAGCAGAAGGAAAGCCGCUCUCGCAUACAGGAGUUGGAGGAAGAAGUGGAAUGGCUCAAGACAGAACUGGACACAAGAUGUAGAAGUGACCUCACUGGGAACAGCAGGGACCAGUCCAAAACCUCCAGGCAAUGGGUCCAGUAUCACCACCUGUUGACUGAGAUCAACACGCUCAUUAUCAACCCCAGGCUGCACCAGUAUCAACGCUGGCCCAGAGAAUCGGAGGAAGCAGAAUUCCAGGCUGUCCUUCCCACUCUGGACCAGUGGUCCCAGCAGCUCCACAUGCUCAGGGAUCUUCAUUGCGGACUGAAUAAACUGAGUGCCACACUGAUGCCACUGCAGCCCUGUCAUGCUGAUGCAAAAGCACUUAAGGUGGAGGACAUGAUGCUGCUGGUGGAGGCGCUGCUGGAGAAUGCCUCUUCUGACGAUAAACAGAAGCUCAGGAGUCCCACUCGAUACACCUUGGCUUCCAUGGUGGCUCACUUCCAGAAACUGUUUGACGUUCCCUCCCUGAGCGGAGUUUACCCUCGAAUGAAUGAGGUCUACACCCGACUGGGAGAGAUGACCAACACUAUGAGGAACCUCCAAAAUGUUCUAGACCUAGACAGCAAAGCUUCUCCUACUGAAGUUGUGAACCAGGUCUCCAGACUAGUCUCCUUGGAUCCAGGACUGGGACGGGCAGACAUUGACAGCAUCAUUAUCAAAGUGAAGCAACAUGAUGAGUUUUUUCCUGCUUUCCACAACCUCGUGACAGAAAUCUUAAAGAUUCUUGGUGUGAGUCACCUGGACGACAUACUUUCUGCUCUGCAGUCUCUGAAACAGACGGCUCAGUGAUCCUCCUUCCUCCACUGGACAUCUACUGCUUACAUUUACUUAUUAUGUUGUCAUCACAACUGCGGCCAUCAAGUUUCAGACAUUGAUGGCUGUAGAACCACCCACUGAGCUUAGUAGUAUGUUUCUCACCAUCAGAUGGCAGCACACAACGACCAUGUGCCUAAAAUAAAGCAGAAAUCCAACUGAAAAUGUUUAGUUUCAGAUACUGAGACAGGAAUUGCCUGAGCUACCUUUCCCAGGAACUGUACAGGAUUAAAUUCCUGUGAAUGACUGUGUAACCUCUUAUACAACCCUGCCAGGAUUGCACCAUAGCCUGGAAAAACAUGGACUUAAUUUUUAGUCAUUUCAGUGAUGAAAUGAUGGAAAAAUCUUGAAAGCAAGUUUAUAAACAUGAGUAAAAUCAUUUUACUCUACAUAACAUGUAUUUUGCGAACAGGGCUCUGUCUUUGCUUGGAAAGUUAUGUGACAGUUCCCAGAACAAUGCUUAGAUAAUCUGGCACCAGAGACAGUGCUGUGCUCCUCUACCUCACAAUAAAGAAACGAGUAAAGAUUUUAAAUCUUAAGCAAUAUUUUUCAUAUGUCCAGAGCUCAUCUGACUGACAAGAUAGUUUUAAUAAAUGUCAUGGUUCUUUGAAGAACACAUGUUGAUAUCUGCUCCUCAUUUCUUUUAAAGUAUUUUCUUAUAAUUUCAAUGUUGUCAAUGAGCCUUAAAAUGCUUUCACAGUCAUUGUGAAAGCUUAAAUUAAAAAACAUCUAGGAAAUUGUAUUUUACACCCAGGAGGAGAAGCAGUUUGGUGUGGAACUGGACCAGCUGGGCUUCCUGCCACUAAAGACUGAUUCACAGGUCUGUCAGGAGGAACGCUAACACACCCUGUCUGCAUGUUAAUACUACCUGCAAGCAUAGCUGGUUGCUACAGAGCAACCAUCCAUGUUUCCCCACAACAAACAGCUGCUACAACCACUGAUGUUAUCUACUGAACUGGAAUAAGGCUCAGCUUAAUGUCCAAAGAUACUGUCCACUUUGAGCAUGGUUCUCCAGUUCUAGGCCACCUUCUCUUUUCCUUGCAUUUACUCCCACUUGACUUUAAACUUGGAAAACAUGGAAUUGUUUUUCAUUUGUAUGCAACUCUCAGGUCUAUACUAAAAUAAAUAAAAUGCCUUUUAUUUACAUACUCUG